AUGUCCACCUCUGUUACCACCUUCCUCCUCCUCCUGCUAUCCAUCACCAUGGCUUCUUCCACAUCCUGCUUCCAAGAUCCGAAACCGGUUCAACUGGCCCUAGAUAGCGUUCUUCAAGCCACCAAUGUGGUCUGUACCUCGAUGGACCGGGUACAUGUGUUGGCAAGCUCUGAAUCGGAUUCUUCUGGCCGUGACGUGGCUCUGAUGGACUGUGAAAGACUAUAUGAUGAGAGUGUGCCGAGGCUGAUGACUGAGUUGAUAUCCGGCGAGGGUAAUUAUACCGGAGAAGAUGCUCGGACAUGGCUCAGCGGUGUGCUUGCUAACCAUAGGAGUUGUUGGGAUAGCUUGGAAGAGAACGGUGUUGUUAAGAAUACUAGUGGUGCUCAACUGUAUAGUGCGGUGGCACAAAACUUGACCGUGGUGCUUGGUGAAGCUCUUGCUCUGUAUGGGAAGAGUACUAUGACUACUGAUGAGGCAAUGAAAGUGCGGCAUGGACAAAACUCCAAUGCAAGGCCAUAUGGAGGGCUUUUAGCAUCGUGGAGUCCGGCAAGAUCCAGAGCUGACUUUGUGGUGGCAAAAGAUGGUUCACGCACUCACACAACAAUUAACCAUGCCGUGGCUGCACUUGCUAGAAUGGGCGACAGACGACCUCCAAGAGCCAUAAUCUAUGUGAAAUCCGGCGUCUACAAUGAGAAGGUAGAAAUCGGUGGACACAUGAAGAAUGUGAUGGGAUGGCAUGGACAGAACUGUAAUCAGGUAGCCGCAGUGUCGUUGAUGGUGACACCACCUUGA